AAAAUCCUUCCUCUGAGGCGACUGGUUUGUUUCAAGUUUAACCCUGGGAAACCGGGGCCAGCAAGGACCUGCCGGAUCACGAAAAUUGUUUUAUGGCUCCUUCCAAAAUACUAAUAUGAUUGGACUUGAGACAUUGCCAGAUCCUACGGAUAUCUGGGAAAUAAUACAGACAAUCGGAAAAGGAACCUAUGGAAAUGUCUACAGAGUUUCGAAUAAGAAAGAUGGUAGCCAAGCUGCUGUCAAAGUGCUGGAUCCCAUCAGUGUUGUUGAUGAAGAAAUUGAAGCAGAAUAUACGAUCCUGCAGUCACUACCAAAUCAUCCAAAUGUUGUUAAAUUUUAUGGAAUGUUCUACAAAUCAGACUUAAAAUCUGGUGGUCACCUGUGGUUGGUUCUUGAGCUGUGCAAUGGAGGUUCUGUCACGGAACUCAUCACAAAUCUACUGAAGCGUGAUGAAACCAUGGAUGAAGCGUUAAUCUCAUACAUUUUAUACGGGGCACUUUUGGGCCUUCAGCAUUUACACAAAAACAGAAUUAUUCAUCGUGAUGUUAAGGGCAACAACAUCCUCCUGACAACAGAAGGAGGAGUCAAGCUGGUUGACUUUGGUGUCUCAGCUAAGCUGACAAAUGCUAGAUUACGUCGAAACACUUCUGUGGGUACUCCCUUUUGGAUGGCACCUGAGGUCAUUGCUUGUGAACAGCAGUUGGACUACUCAUAUGAUAGUCGGUGUGAUGUAUGGUCAUUAGGUGUCACAGCAAUUGAGCUUGGUGAUGGUGAACCACCUUUGUCUGAUCUGCAUCCUGUGAAAGCACUCUUUAAAAUUCCAAGAAACCCUCCACCUACUUUACUCCAUCCAGAAAAAUGGUGCGCAGGAUUCAACCACUUCAUUUCACAAUGUCUGAUUAAGGACUUUGAAAAGCGUCCAUCAGUUGCAUACUUGUUGCAACACCCAUUUAUUAAACAAUCUCAUGGGAAAGAAAGAAGCCUACAAUUGCAGUUGGCAAAUCUAGUCAAAGUACAACAACAGGAAUCCUCAGCAAAUGGAAGGCAAGACAGCAUCUUUAUGAGAAAAAGUCACAUGAGAGCAUCAAAGCGUACCAGUCGAAACAUGACUGAUGACUUGGUCACCCUUGAAUUCCUAGAUGAGGAAGCUAUCAUUUACUGCCUACAGAAAAGAUACUCGGACCUACAGAUAUACACCUAUGUUGGGGAUAUUUUAAUUGCUUUGAACCCUUUCCAGGACCUACCUAUUUACACUCCAGAGUUUUCUAAGCUUUAUCAUGGUGCCAGGCGUUGCUUAAAUCCACCGCACAUUUUUGCCACUGCAGAUGCUGCAUAUCAAGGAAUGGUAACUUUUAGCAAAGAUCAGUGCAUCAUCAUAAGUGGAGAAAGUGGUGCUGGGAAGACAGAGAGUGCACAUUUGAUUGUUCAACACUUAACCUAUCUGGGAAAGGCUAAUAACCGUGUCCUGCGAGAAAAAAUUCUUCAAGUCAAUCCACUUGUGGAAGCCUUUGGAAAUGCAUGCACUGCAAUCAAUGAUAAUUCCAGUCGAUUUGGGAAAUAUCUAGAAAUGAAAUUCACUCCGACAGGGGCUGUAAUGGGAGCGAAGAUCUCUGAAUAUCUCUUGGAAAAAUCAAGAGUUAUUCAACAACCUUUAGGUGAGAAAAACUUCCAUAUUUUUUAUUACAUUUAUGCUGGUCUCUAUCAUCAGAAGAAACUGACAGAAUAUAAGCUUGCUGAGAACAAACCACCAAGGUAUAUUGAUAAUGAAAGAGACACAGUUAUGCAAGACAUCUUAACAAACAGCUCAUACAGAGAACAAUUUGAAGCCAUUCAACACUGCUUCAGAAUCAUUGGAUUCACUGAUGAGGAAGUUCGGUCAGUGUACAGAGUUCUUGCUGCAAUCCUGAAUAAUGGAAAUAUUGAGUUUUCACCCAUUGCCUCAAAGCAUCAAAUGGAUAAAAGUGAAAUUCCAGAUGGUGAACCUUUAGAAAAUACUUCAACUCUGCUUAGUAUUGGUUCUGAAGAGUUUCAGGAAGCACUUACUUCUCACUGUGUUGUGACACGGGGAGAAACUAUCAUUCGAAUGAAUACAGUAGAUGAAGCUUCUGAUGUUCGAGAUGCCAUGUCAAAGGCUUUGUAUGGAAGGCUAUUCAGCUGGAUUGUAAAUCGCAUCAAUACACUUCUUCAGGCUGAUAAAAGUGUAUGUGAUACUGGAAGUAUAAUGAAUGUUGGGAUUCUGGACAUUUUUGGGUUUGAGAACUUCAAGAAGAACUCUUUUGAACAACUCUGUAUCAACAUUGCCAAUGAGCAGAUCCAAUUUUACUUCAAUCAGCACAUCUUUGCUCUUGAACAGAUUGAAUACCAAACUGAGGGAAUUGAUGCCACACUUGUUGAAUAUCAGGAUAAUCGGCCAAUACUGGAUAUGUUUCUUCAGAAACCAAUGGGCUUAUUGUCUCUGCUUGAUGAAGAAAGCCGUUUUCCUAAAGCAUCUGACCAGACACUUGUCGAUAAAUUUGAGGACAACCUACGAUCAAGUUACUUUUGGAGACCAAAGGGUGUGGAGCUGUGUUUUGGAAUCAAACACUAUGCUGGCAAGGUUUUUUAUGAUCCAUGCGGUUUCCUUGAGAAAAAUAGAGACACACUUCCUGCCGAUAUAGUAGUUGUACUCAGGACAUCAGAAAAUAAAUUGCUGCAGCAACUUUUUUCAAAUCCACUCACUAAAACAGGUAACUUAGCACAAUCAAGAGCAAGAGUAAAUGCAGCAUCAAGGUCAUUACCUCCACAGCUUAAUGCAGGCCGUAAAAAGUCUCCUAAAUACUUGCUGAAGGUUGAUACACUGGAAGUUAUGCGACAUCCCGAGGAAACAACAAACAUGAAAAGACAAACUGUGGCUUCUUACUUCAGGUAUUCCUUAAUGGAUCUACUGUCUAAAAUGGUGGUCGGACAACCUCAUUUUGUCCGUUGCAUCAAACCCAAUGACGAUCGAGAAGCAGAAAAGUUUUUUGAAGAAAGAGUACUGGUUCAGUUGCGGUACACUGGCAUUUUGGAAACUAUUCGCAUUCGGGCUCAAGGAUAUUCUCAUCGCAUCCUCUUUGAAGAGUUUGUUAAAAGAUAUUACUACCUUGCCUUCAAAGCACAUCAGACACCUCCUGCUAAUUAUGCAAGUUGUGCUGCCAUUCUAAAGAAAGCAAGACUAGAGAAGUGGGUGCUUGGAAAAACUAAGGUGUUUCUGAAGUAUUAUCAAGUAGAACAGUUAAAUUUACUGCUCAGAGAAGUCAUUGCCAGCAUUGUGGUUAUUCAAGCCCACAUCAAAGGCUGGCUGGGAGCCAGGAAAUACAAGAAAGCACAAGCAAAAAAACAAAGCAGUGCCAUCAUCAUCCAAUCAGCCUGGAGAGGAUACGUUGCUCAUAAAAUCUACAAGCAACUGAAAACUCAAAGAGAAGCUGCCAUUUGUAUUCAAACAGGUGUCAGGGGAUAUCUAGCUCGCAAACAAUAUAAAACCAUGAAAGGAAGUAAUAUUUCGGCCACAAGACAAGAGAUUCAGAGCACAGAGUGUAAAUCCAGCAACAAUUGUAAACAAAUAAGCCAUGUCAGUUACAUUGAAACUCAACACCGAGACAUUGAUGAGAAGAAUGUGGAAGAUAAAAAGGCUUCUGAUGAAGUAGCAAAUCAAGCAUUACAACAUGAAACACAGCAUGAAGCUCAUACAAUUAUGAAAGGAUCAGGAAAGGAAAUAGAAAAAAGACAGUUGAGAACACCUCGUCGACGAAUGCAGCAGCCCAAAAUGCUGAGCAGCCCUGAGGACAGCCUGUAUUAUAACCAGUUAAAUGGAAUCCUAGAAUACCAAGGGAGUAAAAGAAAGCCAAGAAAACUUGGUCAAAUCAAAGUGCUGGACAUUGAGGAUGAAUAUUACAAAUCACUGUCAUCUAUUGAGCCUGUCACUGAGGAAGAUGAUACCUUGAACCCUCCUCCUAUUCCAAGGGGAUCCUUUACUCAUAGCUAAACAUGGAUUCUGUAGAUCAACUUUUACCCAUUUGCAUUUGAAGCCAAGCAACAUGAGCAAAUU